GGGACGCGAUACAAGGAGAAGUUCCAAGCCUUGAGGGAGAAGUACGAUUAUGUGACCGCAAUGCACGCCGACUACGAGAGCGCACUCGUAAAGGCCAACGAAAAACUCCACGCCCUCCACGAAGAAUGCAACCUCCUCCUCGACGCCGUCGACAUCGCCGUCCCCGCCCAGCCCUCGCUCGUGCACUACCUCACCCGUGACCCGAUCCCGCCCCAGUACUACUCCUACACCGUUCCCGUACUGCCGACCGGCAUCGAGUCCCUCGACUCACCCACGCCCCGCCCGCACUCCCCACCACCACCUGCGCCGCCG